UUGGAAUUCAAGAUUCUUCUCAUACAAUACAAAGAGACAAUUGUCAUUGUAUAAUGGCAUUCUUACGCAAUAAUAUGAUUAGAAUAUACCAACAUAGGGUAUAUGACCAUAGCGACUUUAUAAAUAGAAAACUUGGUUACGCAGCUCUCUGUGUAUUUACACGGACUUGCUACACCAAUUUUACCUGUAAAACGCACCAUAGUACUGGUAACGAACAUCUGCAUAUACAUAUACAUAUUCAAUUGGUGCUUGUGUUCCAUUAAAAAUAUAAAUUUUUGAAAAAACGGAGAAUAUUAUAUGAAAUGGAGAAACUUUCAAUCAUAGAAUAGACAAUUUAUUUCUAUAAUAUUAUUAUAUGCAUUACAUAUUACUUUACAUGUAUCUUUGGAGCAAGAGGAUAACUGAACUUUCGAGUUCCCAUGGCAGUAUUGACCUCUUAUAUUUAUGUAAUAUCCAAUUGUUUUUUCUUCUUUCUGUUGUUAUUCUUAAUUUUUAGUUUUUCAAAUCAACACAUAAUUUUUAUAAAUUGUCCCAAUUGGAAGAGAAAAUAUUUUACAUUUGAAUAGCUCCAUAGUGUGUAGAAAGGAGUGUUGCUGUGGUUCAUUUAAAAUAUUCGUCCUAUCUGUUCGUCCACUUUCUGGAGUUUUUGAUUUGAAAGGUCAAGGUUGUGGGACGAUGGUGGAUUAACGAUGGACGCAGGCGCUAACGAUGGAAUAUGUAUUUUAUAAUCAUAAGAUGUUAACAUACGACAUCAUUGCCAAUUAUUAUUUUUAUUUAUAAAGAACAAUUAUUAUAGAUUUAUAUAUACCCGGGUUAUUCCGUCUUUCUUCAUUAUUCUUGCAACCUUUGAUUAUAUUAAGAGCUGUAGUAAAGAAAACCUAUUGAAUUUUGAGCGAUGGGAAAAAAAUGUUUUUAAAAUGUUUAUGCAAAAUUUAAAAACACCCAAUAAUUAAUAGUAGUAAGUAAAUCUCGGGAGUAAAGGUGAAAAACGCCAUCACUAACCUAGUCCAAUGAAUGAGCUAGAGCAUUUAUGUUUUUCAAAAGGUCACCUUUAGUUUAGAAAGGGAAUGAAAAAAGAUAUUAGUGUAGGUGCCAGUUGAUGACAUAGGGAUUCGAUAGAACAACUAGUGAGGAUAAAGAUUAUUUAUAGCGACGGCAAUCCUCUACUACUCCGCUCCUCCCACGAAAAUCUUUGUACUAUAAAUAGUAUUUACCCGAGCCAAGCUCAGCUUGUUAUAGCAUUCUACCCACGCCCUUCCCUGUCAGUGGUAGUACGACGCGUGUACAAAGGUGGAUAAGAAUAGAUGCGCGAUCACACUGGACUUCAAGGGCUUUAAAAGACCUAGGCUAUAGAAAUAUUGAAAUCACAUCAGCGUUCUCCCACCUGCCCCAAAAAGAAAUGGCAAGAGAUACUCCUGGCUCACCAAUGUCUCGACCACGUGACCUUGUGACAAGUGGAGCUACUGCUACCCUAACAUCUGGAGCUUAUCGUACUUCAACCAAUGAUGCGCAAACUCUACAUGGGCAUGCUCUGCAGCAGAAGAUACUUGAGCUACAGCAGCAUCAUCAGCUUCAACAACAAAUUUUGCGACAACAGUAUCAAGCCCAAGAACGCCAGUUAGCGGAAAUGCAUGAACAGCAGAUGCACCAGUUGAAGCUAUGGGAACAACAGAAGCAAUUGGAAGAACAAAUGAGAGAAAAGGAAAGAAUCGAAGCUCUUAGAAAGAAAGAUAAGCACGAUCACAGUGCUAUCGCAUCUACAGAAGUCAAACAGCGGCUUCAGAGUUUUCUCGUUAAUAAAAAACAGAGAGAAGCGGCAGCUGCCGCUAAUGGUGGGCUCGCUGGAACUCCAGGAUAUAAGAGUUGGUUGCAAUCUCAGUCAGAAACCACUAGUGCAUCAAAUACAACACAUCCCUAUCGUAUGCCACAAAUAUUGCAGGACAAAUUUGGUGAUGACUUCCCGUUAAGAAAAACAGCCUCGGAGCCAAACCUGCUCAAGGUACGACUAAAGCAGCGCGUCAUCGAGCGGAAUAUGGCAGCAGCAAGGAAUUCACCGCUGACAGCCCGACGAAAGGAUCGAUUACUGUCGCAUCUUAAACGGAAAUCACUCCUAGCAAAUUCAGUGAGUAAUCCCGAAUCUGGACCUAAUUCCCCACCGACUGGGAAUAAUCCGCAGUCGAGCCCCACAGCUGGAAGUAAUACACCGAUACAAGAGGAAAAUGAAAAUACUCAAUAUGGAGGUCCAUUAACAAGUAGCAGUCAACAAGGCAGUUUGUCGGACCUUUCGCUAUUCAGCUCACCGUCGAUGCCAAAUAUAUCAUUGGGUAGACCACAUGUACAAUCCAAUUCGUCUUCGAGUGGAACAAAAUUGGCCCCUGUUUCGGAGGCCGAAGUUCGUGCUGCAUUUACAGCACGUCUAGGAAUGCCACUAACCGGUCAAAUGCUACCGGGUACACUACCCUUCUAUCCUUCAUUGACCGUGAUAGAAGGAGAACCAGCGUACAUUCACAAACAAAUGCAGAGCUUGGAACAACAGAGUUCACGACAACAUUUGGUUUAUCAUAAUACUCCUAUAACUGAUACUCAAGUAGCUCAUGCCAGAUUGCAUAAGGCUGGUCAUCGGCCUUUAGGUAGUAGAACACAAUCCGCCCCACUUCCAUUGGGCCAUCCAAUGCUUCAAGGUAAUAUAAUGGCACCACCCACCCAUUAUGAAGAAUAUUUAACCGAAAAACAACUACAUGAGCAGCAACAGGCACACAAUUAUCUCAAACAGCAAAUUCGUCAAACUGUACUUACUAGAGUUGGAUCCCGUGCUGGUCAGGCAAGCCAACUUGAUGAGACAGUCGAAAGUGAAGAAUCCGAAGUGAUUGACUUGACAGGAAAAAAAGAAAUACAAUCGGAAGAGAGUGAAAUAUCAAAGCAGCAAAAGGAUCGAGAACAAUUUCUACAACAACAGAGGGAUUUGAUGAUGCGUCAUACACUUCAGCUUAAUGAAACAUCAACUUAUAUCGGACCUCAAGCAGCCAGUACAGAAGUCUUUACUCAUGGAUCACCACAUCGUCCCACAACUGGACUUGCUUAUGAUCCGCUGAUGCUUAAGCAUGCCUGUGUUUGCGGAGAGACUGUUCGGGGUCAUCCGGAGCAUGGUGGUAGGCUACAAAGUGUCUGGGCUAGACUUUCUGAAACUGGAUUACUUCAACGAUGUGAUCGCAUACGAUCUCGCAAAGCUACCCUUGAAGAAAUUCAGUCGUGCCAUAGUGAAGCUCAUGCACUUCUUUUUGGUACCAAUCCAUUGAAUCGGCAAAAAUUGGAUAUGUCAAAACUUUCUCAAUUACCAAUCAAAAGUUUUGUACGACUGCCAUGUGGCGGAGUUGGUGUUGAUUCUGAUACAACGUGGAAUGAACUACAUACAGCGCCGGCAGCACGAAUGGCCGUUGGCUGUGUGGUUGAUUUAGCUUCCAAAACUACAAUCGGUGAUAUAAAAAAUGGUUUUGCUGUUGUCAGACCUCCAGGACAUCAUGCAGAAACAAAUCAAGCGAUGGGUUUUUGUUUUUUCAAUUCCGUUGCUAUUGCCGCUAAAUUAUUACAGCAGAAAUUGAAUACCAGAAAAAUUCUCAUAGUUGAUUGGGAUGUCCAUCAUGGAAAUGGUACCCAACAAAUGUUUUACGACGAUCCACGUAUUCUCUAUCUGUCAAUUCAUCGACACGACGAUGGUAAUUUUUUCCCAGGAACUGGUGGAUCAACUGAAUGUGGUGUAGGCGAUGGUCUUGGAUAUAAUGUAAAUAUUUCAUGGUCUGGUGGAUUGAAUCCACCAAUGGGUGAUGCUGAAUAUCUUGCAGCUUUCCGUACAAUUGUGAUGCCAAUUGGAAAGGAAUUCAAUCCCGAUAUUGUUAUUGUAUCGGCUGGUUUCGAUGCAGCUAUAGGACAUCCCGCUCCAUUAGGUGGUUACAAAGUUAGUCCAGCUUGUUUUGGAAGAAUGACACAGCAAUUACUUGAACUUGCUAAUGGAAAAGUUGUACUUGCAUUGGAGGGUGGUUAUGAUCUAGCUGCCAUUUGUGAUUCAGCGCAAGAGUGCGUACGUGCAUUAUUGGGUGAUGAAAUUACCCCUAUUAAAGAAGAAGAAUUAACAAGAGUACCGUGCCAGAAUGCUGUUGACACAUUACAAAAAACUAUUGCAAUACAAAUGUCACAUUGGCCAUGUGUCAAAUUGACUGCGCAUGUUGUUGCUACAAGUGCAUUACAGGCAAGUCAGAAAGAACAUGAUGAAACUGAUACAGUAUCUGCCAUGGCUUCAUUGUCCAUGCAACAACCGACAAAUCUUGCAAGUACUCCAGAACAUUCUCGUCAAGUUUCGGAAGAACCAAUGGAUGAGGACGAAGCCAAAUGAAUGACAUACAAUACAAGACGUUCAUUAAAUACUGAUCGACCAAGUUGAUCAUUGAAAUUUCAACACGGAGUGAAAUUAGCUAUGCACACUAUUCACAAUAAUGUGUCCGGGCUACAUUAGAUGGAUGAAAAAAUCUUAUUAUGAUUAUUAUUAUCUUUGUAAUGUUUAUCAUUGUAAUAAUUACACACACACACA